CAUUUCAGGACGCGAAAACAUGGCAACGGCGAUGAAAAACCCUCACACCCAGGCGGUUUUUACGAAUUCUUGUGUAAAAACUGCACCGACAUCUGAUAAUGGAGCAAGUAGGGUUAUACAAGAUACAGAGUCACAAGAAUUCGCAAGAACUUGGAAUGAAGAAGACUUAUAUGACGAUGAUUACGACUCAAAUGAUUUACGCGCCACUACGAACGCGUCAAUGCAAGUCGAUUUGGCAAACUUAACUGAUGAUGAAUUUUAUCAGAGACUUGUCAAGUUGAGGUUGGAGCACAAAAAGACACUAGACCUUUAUGCCAAAAUGUAUAAGGAAAAGGUAGAUGGUGAAAGUUUGUCAGAAUCGCAGGAAUUUGUAGAUACAAGCAGAUCUUUUGAUGCCGGCCGACCACCAACUGGAAGAAGUCGCUCGAGAAAGGUUCAAAGAUCAAAAAGUCCCACCAGAUCCCCUUAUGAAUCAGAAAAUAGUCGGGGUGCAAGUCCAGUCCAGGCACAUCGUUGGAAAUUAGUGCCCACUGGUAAUACUGCCAGUCGCGGUUACGAAAGUGAUAAUGGAUCCACACAAAAUAGACGACCCAGGUCCAUUUCACCCUCCAGAUCUAGGAACUCUAGAAAUAGAUCUCGAACACCAGAUGGUCGGCAUGCUUCAAAGUCUUUGAUUGAAGGCAUGUGGAACGAUUUCUCCGUUUCCGAUUACGCUCCAAGAAUAUCUAGAUCAGCAUCACUUUCAAGGCUUUCCUCAGCUUCUGAAUCGUUUCAGAAACGUGAAUCAGCUAAACGUAUGAAAUCUGCUAAACUAAACGCCUGGCGUCAUAGAGUGACAAUUCCAAAACCAUUCAAUUUGACGGAAAGUAAAGGUGUCAAAACGAAAGCAAUGAAAGAUCUUGACGAUGCACGUGACGUAAAGCUCAAAGAAGAAAUGGCCGAAUGUAACAAAAAAUUUAAGGCUAUUCCAGUACCCGCUCAUAUUUACAUACCUAUGUUCGAUGAGAUUAACGAAGAAAAGGAGACACGAAGAAGACUCUUCAGAGACCAUUGUCAUAGUUUGGCAAAAUCCGAAGAAAAACCAUUCAAAUUUAUGAAAAGAGAGGAAGAGAGAAGACGCUACAAAUCUGACGUUCAUAAAUGUCUGACAGAAGGAGAAGUACUACCAAAGCAUAAAUUCCAUGCAAAACCAUUUCCAAAACACAUGUUUGAUGGUACUCAAGAAGAGAAAAUAAAGGAGGAAGAAGAGUUAAAAAAGAUUAAGAAACAUAUGAGAGCCAAAGAACUACUUAGAGAAUCUUCCCUCCCAAGAAGUAUGGCAGUAAAUGGACAAGCCUAUGCAGAAAAUAGAUAUCGCACAGCAAAAUAUGCAGAAAAAGCUAAAAAAUUGGGAAUUUCAUCGGAGACCGAUUUUAAACCUCGCAUCUCCAAAACUGUACCAAAUUUCGAAAAGAUUCAUCGUAAACAAUCGCAAAAAGACAUGAAUUGUCAUCGUGAAGUGAGAACUUCGACUGUUUGUAAGCCAUUUAACCUGAGAACUUCACAAAUUCCGUCCAGGAGGGAAAAGAUUUACGAAGAUAUCAUGAACGAUGAAAGAUAUCUUUCAGAAAAUAGAUCAGCCAUGUCCACUUCAUUAGACGCUAUUCCGGCAAAAAUGACCUCAGCUCAUGAAAAGAGGAUUACUUCUGCCAAAACAAAACAAGAACAGGAUAGGGAAAAAGAAUUAAGGAAAAGAAAAGAAGAAAGAUCAAGGAGAGAGAAAACUAAAGAAUUGGCAAAGGUUGUUCUGGAAAAAGCAAAGGCUAAUGAUAGAUCUGUAGAUCUAAAGUCUUCAGGGCCAAAUAAACUUAAAGCGCUAAAGGCAGCUGAAAAGCAGAGAAUGAGAGACUAUCAAGAACAAUUGAAAGAAAUGAAUGAAAGAGUUAACUCUAAACAAUUUCUUUUUGAAAGGACCACCAUGAAAAAUGCAGCUCAAACAGCCGACAGAAGAUAUAAUAAACAUUUAUUGGAACAUGGCGUUCAGCCAGAGACAAUAGAAAGAAAUGCAUCCAAAAGAUACGCAUUCGAAUCUGACUAUGGUUCGGAACCUGCAGAUAGAGAGGAUAAUGACAUUCUCGGACAAACUUUCGAGAAAAGCCACGAUGAAUAUUCGGUUGAUGAUAAAGAUUAUGAUGAUGAAGAUUAUGAACAGGCGUCUAAGAAAUAUUCAACCGCAGAAGAAAGUUCAUUAACCGAGUCGGUUGAAGAUGUUUCAAUUGAAUCAGGGAAAGAAGCUGCUCUCGAAUAA